CCCUCCUAUAAAAGAAAAGCCGCCCGCCUCCGUCUCUCCCCCGCACUCCGUCGCCUCGCCUCGCCGCCGUUCCCGCAACCCCCUGUCUGUCGACCCAAUCUCAAUCUCACGGAUAUCACCCGACGGGACGGGACCCGGCGCCUCGUCCUCUCCAGAUCUUACGCCCGCCCGCCCGCCCGAGCUGGUAGCAGCAACUCUUCUGCUGCAGUCCGCCAAAAGGAAAUGACGAAGCUCUACAAAAUCCACUCCCAUGCCCACAUCCAAGCCCUGCAGGCCCGCGCCAAUGAGCUGGGCCACUCCAAUAAGUCCAUGCUUGUGAAUCUUGUCUCUCUGGAGUCGGUGCGCAUAGCGCGCGAGUCGUAUGCACUCCUCCGCCCGCUGAUCAAGGAGUCGUGGAUCUGGGCAUGCCCGGAGCUGGAAAUCCUCUUGGUUGUGGCAGGCUUGUCGCUGGAAAUCCAAAAGCUUGAGCAUGAUGUGUUACCCCAGCUCAUGGUUCAGGAGGCCAAGCUGGAACGGGGCGCCCUGGAAGCCCUCCUACUCAUGAAGAACUCAGCAAUUACGCUCUUAGAUCUGAGGAAGUGCUUUAUCUUAGCCUUGGGCGUAUUGCUUGCCGAUGAGGAUCUGGUCUCAGCCCGAGUCAAAAAGCUGAGCAUAAUGCUAAAGGAUACUGCUGAUGAUGUACUCAAUGGUAAUCGCGACAUUGUCUGGCUUCAGGAGCGUGCCCCGUUGCUGGUCCAGCUGGUCACCGAUGUGUUGGAGACCCCGUGCAUCGUUGGUUACGACUCCAGCUCGCGCGCCCUCCGUGGAUCAGGCAUCAACGGUCGCAGUUCUGAGGACGCCACCUCCCCUGGUGCUCUGCAUCCAUCUUCCCCACUAAGGUGUGCGUGGUGAGCUGGGCACUAGUCAUGGAUGGGGAUGUUGCUAUCGCUAGGGGCCGCACCGUGGGUUCUCGUCUUUGGUAUAUUGACCACCAGCUCCGAUAGCUGCACGUUCCACAGGCUACAGCAGCUCGGCAUGAUGCUGUGCGGCGCUUAGCUUCCCCAUCACAGCCUCCCUCCCUGAGCAUCUCCAUCCUUUGCACUUGUCUCUUCGAGCACUUCAUACACCCCCCCCUAUCGCACACCUUGGAAUGGUGCUUCUGCCUUUUACAGCCCCUAAGACUGCAGAUUUUAGGAUGCCAAGAUGCAGACUAAGUACAGUCGAACAGAGAAACAAGAUAUGUGCCAUGUAUAGAGAAGAAUGUGCAAACCUAUGUUUUUCCUAGGGACUAGAUGUACAUGUUGUGCAUUUUUUUUUAAACUGCGGAUGCAAAUUUGGUUUUUUUUAAAUGCAUUGUCUUUUUAUGAACAUAUACAUGCAGUACCUAAAAGCAUUUUUCUGAGAUA